CGGAACGUGCUUCAGUCGGUGUUCAGUCGUGGUCGCUGUCGGAUGAAAUAUCGAAGUUUUUCCGCAAGUGGAAAAUCGCAAACAUACAGUAGUGAAGAUUGGAGGUUGGAGAUUGUGUUUUUGUUCUGGCGUUUGACUCUUCAGGUGGAACAGCUGAGCAGAGCACACAGAACAUCUCAUAGACCGAAGAGCGCUGUGGAUAGCGAGCGGUCUGUGUGCGUGUGGCCGGCCCUCCGGGAAACGUCCACCUGUUUUGUUACUCGUCAUGUAAGAGAAUAGAUUGGUGUGUCCAUCACUGAGCUAUGUGCUAUGAUUUUGUACACCUUCAAUUGGCAGAAGUAGAAUGGACACAUAAUUGAAAAAGUUUAUUAAUCUCUGUGGACUGAUAGGUCGUCUAAUGGACAAAGGUGAAGAGAAUACUUGAGGAUGUUCAUGAUCCUGGUGAACUUUGUUCAGCAAAUUGUGGGCUUUACAAGGUUCAAUUAGGAAGUGCUCGAGAAUUAAAUUCUCGGUACCAUCGUCAAUUACUGAAAAUUUUCGUACAAAAAGUGUGUCGUGGGAAAGAGAAGUGCUGCUCGAUGCCGUAGUUGUGAUAUUUAUGGCCGUAGUGUCAGUCAAUGUAGUUCAUAAUUUCGGCUUAUCGCGAGUGAAUGAAACAAGAUUAUUGACAACGAGUUAAACAAUGAGUUCAUACUUGUAUUAGAAUACGGUAACAUGAAAAAUGCUGCUACUAGUAUAAUAAAUGGAAUUUGAUGAAAAGAUAACACAUCGCCCCUCACAUCUGUUCCUAUUCGGGAAAGCUAGCAGGAAAUAGGAUCGUGCCGGCGCAAUUGUCAUUAGAGUCAGUUGUUUGUCCAUCAAAUGGUACCGACAACAAUCACAAAUUGGCGGAUGUGUCCAACAUAUCUAUAAGUGAGUUCCUUGUGAACAAACCAGCUGGCUGCCUAGGUACCAGAAGUCACGAUUGUGGUAGUGAUCCUUUUAUCCAAUACACAAAGGAAGUUCCAUUGAAUGAAAACGGUUUGAAUAACUUCAAGGAAAUUGAAAACUAAUUGAAUGCCCGACUUUUUCCUUUGACCUUAGACAAAUCGUGGUCGUUGUCAUCCGCUUCGUGCAGUAGGUUACGGUUAACGUUUUCAAGUAGAAGAAAACUACGACAACGGAGAACCCGGUGAACGGUGAGGUUCGACGCACGAAAAGGUAGCAGUGCAUGAUAAUAUUAAGAAACGAUACUGCGGGAACCUCCGGAAAGUUAUAAGUUUUCGUGAGCACUGUGUAAAGAAUCCAUUUAAGGGCUGGUGGCUGAGAUUUUCCCUGUCGACGACGUCGUUGAACAUAAAACAAAAGAAAAAGUGAACCCGUUCGGGAGGUGGGGUUGAACGGUGGGAAGGCUCCUGAAUUCUUCGCCGAGUUUCCAAAGGAUAAGUGGCAGUGAAGCGAGGAGCAACCGGUACCAGCAGACGACAAAAAAGUAACCUUUGCAUUCGAGCAAUGGUACCAAGGUUUUUUGAAAGAAAGCUGCGCACCGAGGAAAACUCAUUAACGAAAAAGUGUGUUCCAUUAUCAAGAUGAAAGGAAUAAACCACGGAAAGUGAAAGAUAGAAUACGUCCCCAAAGGAAACGAAUCGAAUCGUCACCCAUCGUUCGAAUGUCGCAAUAGUUCAUUUCAUAUUUCUUAAAUCAAGUCACGGCAAAAAUGGUUUUGUGGAAGUUCUGACAAGAACGCAAAUGAAAACGGAAAUUCAUUAAUGCCAUGAAGCGUAUCUUCACAGUGAAGAAUGAGAUGCGUCGGUGAAAAAUGCAAGAAAGUGAAAAAAUAUUCUCCGCCAGCAGGGAAAACGCCGCCAGCAGCACCGUGAACCGCGAUCGUUGGAAUGUCUGAGGCUGGGAAAUUAUGGAAAUGUUUUUCAUUAUCUUAACCGAUGCUAAAGUUUGCUGGAAGGAAGUGGAAUCUUUUGAAGUGUGUUCGUUCUUUGCCGACGUAUUAUACGCUUUGUGAGAGCAGAAGAAAGGAAGUUUUAAGCACUUUGGAGAAUGGUUUAUUAUUCUUCCGGCAAAAAAAGAUGUAAAUGCGACAGUGUUUUUUCUCCGUGAGGCGGAAUAUGCUGGGGGCUUGUGAAAGAAAUGGAAUAAAAGAAAUCAUCAGUGCGGUUAGAAGAGUGGGAUUUUCCAGAUUUUGCACUGGGAGAACGAAUGAUAAGAAUUGUCGGUCGAAAUUCUGUGGUGAGCUGUAAAGUGUGUGAUAAUCAUCAGCGAAAAUCUGCUAAAAGAAAGGUGGAAAUCCAACUUUAUCGAUUUCACUUCUUCUAACAAAGACAAGCAUAACAUAAAUUCGUCAAGAGGACCAACAACAAUUGAACGAGGAGGCCUGAUAGCUGUAAAAAUACUGGAACAACGACUGAAAACCAAUGCUGCUGCGGCUGCUGUUUGGAGGAAAACUCUGAUCAGGGCAUCGAAGACUAAGAUGCUCGCUUUUGCUGCUUUACUAGCUGUACACGCAGGGCUUGCUGGAUCCAUUCCUAGUGCACCGGAAAACAUUACCGUAACGUUCCUAUCGCCAACCGCGGUUCGGGUUUCAUGGCAAACCUCGAUGGAUCCGCACACGAUGCCAGUUGACAAAUAUGACGUCACCUACAAGCCAACCGAUGCCAGGGUUGUCGUAGUGGUGGCCGGAAACCGGGAGGCGGUCACACUCGGAGGCCUAUCGCCCGAUACGCAGUACCAGCUGACGGUAGCAGCGGUCUGGAACGGAAAAAAGUACCGCAGCAGACCCAUCGUAUUCAGGACGCUGGAGCCACCCAGGACGUCGUUCCAGCAGGACUCCGGUGCGCUCUCUGGCAACAGUGGGCCACCGAUAUCGCCACAUGCUGACACAGCGCCAUCGCUGAACACAUUCGGGAUCUUCAGCGAUGAGUUCGGCAACAUUUCCGUUAAUUCCACAUCUCGAGAACUUCCAACGAUACGUGGCGUGGAGAUCGGUAUCGUAGUGUUAGUGUUAAUAGUGUGGGCUGGUGCUAUAGCUUUAUUUUUUAAUCGAUGGGGUAAGAUCCGAAUGUUGCUUCCAUAUCAGCCGGACUACAAACAGGAACAGCUGAAAGUUCCUGGAACAGGCGUCUGUGCCAACGGUCCCUGCAACGGGCAGCACUCACACCAGGAAAAAGAUUCUGGACUGCUUGCUUUUGCCAGAUCGCACCUUCAACAGCAGCCUUUUCAUCCGUGGCCGGAGGAACCCUCGUCGGUCAUAUCGGAACGAUGCACAAGAGCCCGAAUCAACUCGGCGAUAUUCGUCUCGUCCGAGGGCAGAGGGUUCGACUCGAUCGAAUUCAUCCGGCGGUACGGUUCGCAGUCGGUCCUGUGCCGGAAGGCACGCAGCGCCGAAAACGUGUCCGCCGCUGAACGACAACGGCGGUACUCCGCGUAUCCCGAGUGGGAGUCCGAGGAGAGCAAACAACAGCAGAACCACACGAUGAACGGCUAUAACAACUUCAUCGCUGCCAACUGUAACGAUCCCCGACAGGAUUCGAUCGAGCUGGUGGAAUGUCACAAAGAACCAAGCAGCAGCAGUAAUCCGAAAGCCACUAGCAGCAGUAGUAGUUGCGACAACGCCAACAAUAGACCAACGCCAAAGCUGUCGAACCUACCGACGUUGUCGGUGUCCGGUCCAUCGCCGCCACACGAGGAGGAAUUUUUGUUAUAAUCUCGGUAGUACCAACACAACAACACGUGCCCGUCGGGAUUCGCGUAAUCUUCCUCGCUCCAACUGACGUCGAGAGCGCGCGUUGCUGUGUAAUUAGAAUUCGAAUAAGGUUAGACACAUGUUAGUAAGUCAGUGUGACGAAUACCGAAGGAUCCCAAAAGAACAAUGCGAGAUGUAGUUGAUUCGUGCAGAUUUUCCAAAUCAGGUUACAAAUAUUAAAAAUAUGUCGUUUUUUCGGGGAAAUAAUGUUUGACCAACUGUGUAUGGAAGAUUGAUACGAAGCAACUUCUUCUUAGCGCUUCUUUCAAAUGUACCAAAGUAAAUUUCCCAAAAACAAAUCGGGUUAAUAAACUAUUCUAGUAAAUCAAACAAUAUGAAAACCAUCAGAACUUACACCUAAAGCAUCUUAUCAACGUAAGGAAGGGAACACUUUUAUACAUAGUUCAUAGCAAAAGUACUCAGUAGGAUCGAACCGUAGAAAAAAAACGUUAGAGUAGGACCCAAGUGGAACGAAGAGCUUUAACUACGCCCGGUACGCUUUUCAUAGUUUGAAUCGAUUCAUAUUUUCAACCGAAUGGGAAUUGGAAUAUCUAACUACACAUUAUUAAACUUGAACUUUUAUAUUGAUCCAGACAGAAGUUUUUCUAAUAAACCUCAACCAAGAUAGAAUCGACAUUUUUAAGCUUCUUUACCUGUUCGAAUUAGGCGACAAAUAACUUCGAAGAUAGGAUUUCUUACUCUUUUGGAAAAUAAACGCCUAACAGUCAGUGUAGUUCGAAAUACUGAAACUAUGAACAAGUUCGUUCAUAUUUUGUAUUCAAAAAAUAUCAAAUCUAGCCCAAUAGUUAAACCUUAAGAAAACUUUCUAUGAAUUCAUUAAGUAGAGGUAUUUGAAUUAAAUAAAAGUUGGAUAAAAAGUUGAAA